GCGGGGCAAGCUCAGUUUCCGUGAAGUGCAGCUGCCAUCUUUUUGUCCCCGCGCGGCUCCCGUCGCGCCCCGUUCGUUGCUAUGGCGGCGGCGCGGUGGCCUUGGCACUGAGGUGCGCGGGAACUCUGUGGGGCCCUUCCCGCCCCCUGGCCCGCCCCAUUCCGGCCGCCAUGGAGGACGAGCUGUACCUCGAAAACAUCGAUGAGUUCGUCACCGAUCAGAACCGCAUUGUGACAUACAAAUGGCUGAGCUAUACUUUAGGAGUCCACGUCAACCAGGCUAAACAGAUGCUGUAUGAUUAUGUGGAGAGGAAACGAAAGGAGAACUCAGGAGCUCAGCUUCACGUCACCUACCUGGUAGCAGGAAACCUCAUCCAGAAUGGACAUACAUGCCACAAGGUUGCAGUAGUGAGAGAGGAUAAGCUGGAAGCAAUAAAGUCCAAACUGACCAUGGUUACCAGCAUCCAUGUGUACAGCAUUCAGAAAGCCCUGCUCAAAGACAGCGGGCCGCUCUACAACACAGACUACGAUAUCAUCAAAACCAACCUGCACAACUGCAGCAAGUUCAGUGCCAUUCGCUGUGCUGAUGCAGUCCCCAGGACUCCAGCUGAAGUUGCUCAAGCACGGACGUUGGCACGGGCUGCUUCCCAGACACCGAGUGACACAAGCACUGUCAGCACACCACCACUCAAUGGCCACGGUCCUACAGCUGCUAAGCAGAGCUCGCAGCCCCCCAAGGGGAUCAUGGGGAUGUUUGCAGCCAAAGCUGCUUCCAAAGCCCAGGAUACAAAUAAAGAACCCAAAGCUAAGGAGGCUCCAAGUGUGUCUGCAGCGAGCAGUAAGCCAUCAGCAAAGGCCAACAUCAUGAACAACUUCUUUGGAAAAGCUGCCAUGAGUAAACUCAAAGUCAACUCAGUGCCUGAGCAGCCAAAGGAGGAAAAAGAAGCUGUCAAGACUUCAGUUCCUGCAACAGAACCAGAGUCGUCCCCUAACACCAUGGUAGAGAAACCUGGGAGGAAAACAGAGCCUGCUAAAAUUCAACAGAAGGACAAAAAGAGUAAAAUGAAGAGGAUGGACAAGUCUGACAACGAGGAGGAAAGAGAGCCCGAAAAUCAAAAGAAGAAGAGGAAGAGAAUCAAACAACUGGAAUCUGACAGCAGUGAUGAGGAAGGUGUCCCAGCAUCUCCCACACUCCAGGAAGAGAAAGCUCCAUCUCCACCACCUCUGGUACCUGCUCUGAAGGCUGAGCUGGAGCCAGCAUCCGCUGAGGCUUCAACUGGGGGAAAGAAGAGGAAACGGAAGCGUGUGCUGAAAUCCAAAAUGUUUGUUGAUGAAGAGGAAGGCUGCAUGGUGACUGAGAAGGUUUAUGAGAGUGAAUCCUGUACAGACAGCGAGGAUGACUUUGCCAAGACCAAGCCACCAGCUGCCCCCAAGCAACCUGCACUGCCUGUGAAGAAGGAACCAAAGGAAGAGAGGAAGAACCAGAAGAAAGGAGCAGCCACUGCCAGCAGGGCCAACAAACAGGUCUCCAUCAUGGGCUUCUUUCAGAAGAAAUGAACUGACUCUUUGCCCCGCUCCCUUUGGCAGCUUGAGAGUGUUGUUCUCUUUGCGUGGCUCUAUGAAAGCUGCUGCACAGGAGGAGGACAACAUGCAAUCUUCCAUUACGUAAGAUAUCUUGCUUACUGUGUAAGUAAGCCCUUUGGACUACAUUUUGUAUUGGGAAGAAGUUUUAUCUGUUCCUGCAAUAACUUCAGUCUUUGCUAUUAAGCUAUGUGAAAAUCACCACCUGGAUGCGACAUCUGGACUGAACUCUUGAAAGACUGUUCAUCUAUUUACAUGACAUUUUAUUUUCUUUUUUUUAAGAUGGCCUUUUAGCAGCUUGGUGUUAAAGGCCCAUUCCACAAGUGGUAGAAUGGACUCCACUGGGAGUCAAGUUCUGGCAUCAUCUUUUUUUUUCUUCCCUUUUGUUUUCCCCCUCUCCCCCCCUGUUUUUACACUCUCAGCUCUCCACAUUGAUCCAAACGUUCACGUUGGUGAGAAGCUGCAAUGUAGCAGGUCUUCAGGCACACACACAGAUACUGAACAUCUGCUUCAGCUUCAACUGAAUGAAACAAACUUAAUUUUCCCCGUGAGGCUGGUAAAUAGUUUUUGCUCUGCCUUUCGUAACCUUCUUUUGGACAAAGCGGCGCAUAUAAAAUUCUCUUACCCUUUUCUUCCUUGAGCAUAUCCUCUGUAAAUUGCUCAGAAGCCUAAUUAUAGAGCCGGGCACUGGUGGUGCUCUGUCUCUGCAAAAACAUCUUAAAGGCUUCCCACACAAUUGGCUCUGGUGGAACUGGGGGAAGGCUGUGCUCUUAUUGGGAAAGCAGCGGUAUCUGUAACCUUGAAAGUUAACGAGUCAAAGGGGGGAGAAGGGUGUUCAGAGGGCUCUCCUGGUAGACCAAGGUCAGGUGUCCUUGUCUGUGAGGAGCUGCACGCAGCUUUGUGUUUUUGUUGGGCCUGCUUUGCUGCUGAAGUGUUUUACAGGCACAAACCAGACACCAUCGAGUUGUUUUCUAGGACAUCUCGUCAGCUGCCUCUGGAGGAAGUGUUGCAGCAAAUGGUUCUGAGAAACCAGUUAUUGGAGGUGAAGAAAGCACUGCAGACCCGUUGAUUAGAAAUAACUCCUCCAUUUGGAUGCCUUCUGUCAUUUGGUGCUAAGAUUUAUAUCGUAAAAGAGGUUUUCCAGAGGAUGGGUGCUCAGCAUUUCUGAAACUUGGCUGGUGAGGUCUCAGGUGGGCAACUGAUGUGGUCAGCAGUUGUUUCUGGGUGUUGUUAGGCUGGUGUUUAUAUUGCUGUGUACUUACAUAGUGGUAUACGGAGGUGUUUGAGGUGGCACAGAGGUCUGAAGAGUGUAAACCAAAGGGGAGAUGUCUUUAGGCAGACAGCUGGAAGUAUUCUGAGCUCUGGAUAGCAAGAGGACCAACUCAUUGAUUAUGAUGGCAAUCAUUCUGGCUGAGUGAUCAAGCUGGUGGCUCACAAAAUGGGAAUGCACACCUAAUAGUUACACUUGGAUCAGCCCAAGCAGCUUGGACCCUCAGCAGAUGGGAGAGGAUCUCCUUAAACAGCCCUUGUGCCCGUGGCUGAUCCUGGCUGGAUGGGUUUGGCUGCUUAAUGGAUGGAUCACUGCAAGUGGAGGAUUGAGGGUAACCUCACGCUCCAGCAUCCUCAUCAUGCAGCUCUGGGCUCUCCAAACUGGAAGCUUACAGGAAAAAUAAGGGUAAGAGACAGGAGGGCAGGCAGAACUGGCACCAGCACCCAACCAGAGCCAACUGCACAGCUGGAGGAGGUGGGAUGCUUUCAAGGUAUGUUUUAGGGAUGUGUGCAGCAGAGAUCCAUGGGGAGAAGUCAUGAAGGACCUCAUUUGGGAUGGAGGCCAGCACUUAGUGUGUUGCUUUUCUUGGUGGAAUCAGGGGUAUAUUUUGAAAAGUAAUAAGUCACAAAACGUUAAGCACAGAUUUUUCUUGUAUUUUUUUUAUUCAUUAAAAGAUGUGCUCCAUCCUGAUUUUUUCAGAGGUUGCUUGACCACACAGAGGAGCCUACAUGCAGUAGGUGAAGAGUUCUUCCAUCCAAUAAACUCAUCACUGUAGGUCACCCAGGUGGAAAACACCUCAAGCUACUGAGGUUUGCAUUGAACUCAGACCCCUGGGCUGUCUCCUCAGGUCUUAUUUCCAUGACCAAUGCUGCUGGGAUGUGGUGUGCUCGCACCUCACCUGCUCUGCACCAGAACAGUGGUCCUCUCGCUGGAGCUCGCUGCUCCACCCCAACCCCAUAUAACCAGCUCAACGUCAUACACCACUUCCUCAGGAAAAUGACUUAAUGUCUGCAGCAGGACAUAGGCGAACUUCAGGCUUCCAAAAUCAUGAUCUCAUGUUCCCCCUCCUGUGCACUGCACAGCUCUGCCAGCCCCCGGGGGCCUCGGGUCCCUGCAUGCCCCUUGGGUGAGGCUGGAGCGUUCCUGCAUGCUGCAUGGAGUGCAGGAGCAAGCAAGGGGAGUGGGUUAAAGGUUAAAGGAAGAUUCUCUCUCUGUGGAUGCAGGGAUCUGGCUGUAGGAGACCUGCCUCUUGACACAGCCCCCGGUCCCUUCCCUCCUGGAUAGGUUUUAAUCUCAUGAGAUGAAUUUUUACAUCUCUGUCUCCACCUCUGUGGGCUGCUGUCCCCUGCAAUGGAGGUGCAAGGGGAGAAGAGGGGAAAACUGCAUCUGCCUUCCAACCAUUUCUGCACCCUCACAAGGACAGAGCCUUUAACAGGCACGGGGAGGUGUUGGUUAAUGUCAUCUGCUAAGCAGCACAUUUUGAAUGGCUUUCUGUUGGAUGUUAAGGCAGAGGGAGCUUCAUCCUUGUUUUACUGGUGGGGAAAGAAGUGGGAGAAGUUGCACCAUCCAAUGUCAGACGUAAAACCAUUGGUACCCCAAGCUCCUCUUGGCCAAGAUGGUGUUGAACCAGCAGCUGCACGUGCCCUGCCUCAAAACACUGCUGCUGAGGAUGAGAAUUCCUUAUCCUGUUUGCAAAAGGAGCUGGGAUGCCGAUUUAAAGCUUCCCGUGCUGCAAGGAGGCAGAGCCUGCUUGGAAAACCCGGCUGCCCUUUAUCUGGUUAAACACUGCAUGCUGCAGGGAAAAUGGGAGCCGAGGGCACAGCCCAUAACCAUCAGGGCGAAGGCGAGCAGCGCUGCACCGCCGACUUGUUUUGUUCUCCCAGCACAGCCGCAGCUCCAGAGCAGGGAACACAGGGCCUUAAAAGGAAACAAAACUCUGCCUGGAGGAGCUGAGCAGUGGUGGAGGGGAGAGCAGGCGUGUGCCAGCGCCGGGCCAUGCGUCAGCACCUUGCCUGGGGAAGGUCCCUUGCUGCUGGACCAUGCAGUGCUGCUAGCUUUCCCCUUCUUUCUGUUUUUCAAGCUGAAGGGAUAAGGACCUGAGGACACCUGCAUCCUUCAUACUACGCUUUAAGCACUUAGAGCAUCCUUCCUGGCUCCCAUGGAGGCUUUGCAGCACGUCAUCCUGCAGAGUCCUACCUGCUGUGAUGGAUGCCAACACCUGUCUCCUCUCUUUGGUUGUUUUAAGGAUUGUUGUGGGAGGUUCUGUUGGUGUGCAUGCCAUCUAGCUGCCAGGUCCAUCCAUUCCCCAUGGCAGGGAGAUGCUCUGGGGGCUCUGAAGCAGAGAAAUGCUUUGGAUUGGGAUCAUGGAAUGAUGGAAUCCGGACAUUAAGACUCAGUGGUCUUCGGUAACUUCCAAACUGCUCCUUUGCCAACAGCAUCCCGGAGAGGGUGGGGAAGUCUCAAAACCAAAACUGAUCCAUGUGAGACCAGAGCCACAGUUCUAAUUCUGGAGCUGGAUGUCACAUCAAAGCAGGCCCUGUUUUGGGGCAUCUCUUGGGCAAGGGAAUCUUGACUGUCCCCCAGUGUUGGUGCUGAGCACCCAGGGUCCCUCAGGGUUGAGUAUCCUCCCACAGUGCUGAACCUGUUUCCUUGAUGCAGAGCUUCCCUUUGGGUUCAGAGCAUUAGCCCUGCAACCUGCAAGGCUGAACAUCCCAGCUUGACACUGGGCGUCCCCUUGGGUGCUCAGCAUUUCCCAGUCUCAAUGCUGAGCACUCCCUUCUUGGGUUCUGAUCAUCCCACUGCAAUGCUGAGCGCCCUCCAUAAGGGCUGAGCAUCCCUAGCCACAGUGCUCAGCGCCUUGCUUGGACACUGAGCAUCUCACCUUGAUUCUGAACUUCCUUUGGGAUAGAGUAUCUCCUUGGGUGCUGAGCAUCCCCUAGCCUUGGUGCUCAGCACCUUGCUUGGAUGUUGACCAUCUCACCUUGAUGCUGAGCAUCCCACCUGAUGGUGACCAUCCCACCUUGAGUCUGAGCAUCCUCUCUUGAGGCCAGGCACCACUUAGGUGAUGAGCAUCUCCAGCCCCAGUGCUCAGCACCUUGUCUGGAUGCUGAGCAUCCCAUCUUGAUUCUGAAUUUCUUCCCUUGGGAUAAAACACUCAUUUAGGUGCUGAGCUCUUGGAUCUCAGCAUCCCCUUGGGUGCUGAGCAUCCCCCAGCCUCACCUUGCUUGGGUGUAGGCCAUCCCACCUUGUUGUUGAGCACCUUCCCUUGGGGCUGAGCAUCCACCUUGAUACUGAGCAUCCCACCUGAUGGUGACCGUCCCACCUUGA